GGUGUCGGCAACCGCACUUCACCUCCACUCUUGAUCACGACUUCCGGUUGAUAUCAUACCUUCUCUCUCUCAUUCCCUCUCAUUCCCCCUCUGCGCUGCAGUCCUUCAGCUGGAUGUCCGGCAAAAUAUUUGAAUCUUCAGCUUGGUUUGGUGCAUCGAACUCCAAGCUGCCACGAGCAUUUUCUCCAAUCCGGGAGACGCCAGGGGGGGAUCCCGCUUCUCUUUGUCGUACUGCAUGAUCUGUAUUGGGCUCUGAAUACUCAAGUGCCAUAUCCCCGCGGGGGCAUUUGCUUGGGAGGGGAUGUUGGAUGGAUGUUGGAGAUGUCAGAAGGGGAGGAGCAGGAGGUGAGGCACUGGUGGGGUACAUGCACCCAUGAGACAUUCCACCGACCUGAUUCCCCGAGAAAAAGGCCCUUGAAGUGGGGCAUCUUAGGCGAGCUGAGAGUAUUUGGAGGAAUGAUGCAAAGUUGUUGAGUAAUUGAGAUCACGAGUUUCAUCCUGCAACUCCAUUGCUCAGAGAGCAGCUAUUGUUGAACUGGAGAAGAUGUCUAUAUAACCCAGCUCCCCCCGCCGCAUAGGAGCCCUCUCCAGCAGCGAUCUCAAGCUCUAUCCCGAUACUCAAUCAUACAACAGCGAAACACACGCACCCAAUUCUGUAGCAAACAAAGACCAAAAUGUCAGGAAUAUACUACGUUUACAUGAAAUGGACCCGCGAAAACAACCCCACCCGCACCGACUGGGGUCGUCACCUCUUGACCUUCGAGUCCCGCUGGGCCGCCGACGAAGCCUUCCGCGGUCUGCAAGGCCUCAAGACCGCCGCCGGCGCCAAACGUUUCACCACGCUGAAGCGCGUGAACCCGCAAUUCUGGUGCUACGACAGCGUCGAUGGUGACCCGUGGUGGACCAUAGUCUACGUCCAGCGCGAGAACAAGCUCCCGGAACUCAACUACACGCUCAUGUCCGUAAUCCUCGCCGACGCCAACGCGGGCCGCGACUGGCCCGUCAUCUCCAACCCCACCAUUGGCCGCGACUGGAUCACCGGCGGCUCCUAUUACAUCCGCAACAGACGCCAGCCCAAUCUGUACUGGUACCGUGAGGGCGUCAGGAUCGUCAUUUCCACCAACCGCAGGACCCAGUUCCGCAUCAAGGAUGUGGACUUCGACGACGAGAGAGUGCUCAUCAAGAAGGAUGAGGUCACCAUCGAACCCCUCAACAGCCUCGGCCACCCCACUGGGGACUACGUGGUCAAGAACGGAGACGGCCAGAAGUUGAGCGUUGGAGCGACUAGGCAGGUUUGGGAUUUUUCCGACCUGUUCGAUGGUGUUGGCGUUACGUGGACUGGUGAGGACGGGUCCUCCUCCGAUAUCCAGUUUGCUACUAGCUUGCCCGAUGUCGGAGAUGAGUGGGAGCUAUGUUAGACAGCCUAGUCUCUUCUUCCUUUUUUGUGUACGGAUCGUGGGUGGAGGAAGGGAGAUGUUCGAGACGUUUGGUUUUUAACGUGAGCUGUGCGAGGAGGAGGAGGCGAAUGAGAGUGGGUAGUGGAUGUUAGUCGAGUCCUGGAUGCCUUUGGAUUAUGAUAUCACAAGUUAUGAAUUUAUGCUCAGUUUU